AUGGCUAAUUUCAAGUUGAUGCAAGUACCUCCUUCUCUGCAAAUUUAUUGCUACCAUGUGGAUGUUUUGAAAAUAACUAAGAAUGGCAGACUUGUGGUGGAAAACAGGGAUAUUUGUCGUGAAAUAUUUUGGAAAGUCAUUUCAAAUAAUGAGGAAAUAUUUGGCACUGGGUACUCUCUGGUAUAUGAUGAUUGUCACACAGUCUACUCGCUUAAGAAGCUGAAGACUGAAAAGCCAACGUUGGAACUUCAAUUAUUCGUAGAACCAGUACCUUGUUUGAAACCACCUUCUGUAUCAUUUUUGCUCUCUAUAUCGGCCACUAAUUAUUUUACUGUCACUAUCGAUGAGCAGUUACCGAAUUUCCGGGCAAGUAUGCAGUUUUUAGAUUGUUUGGUCAGUCAGCAAGUGCGCUGUCCUUGUAUGAGUAUAGCUUCAAGUUUUUAUCCAUUUAAUCAAUGUAUGUAUAUGAAGCCAUGUGAAAGUAUUCCAUAUCAAGUUCUAAAUAUGGGUCCUGGGAUGGAAGCAUGGACUGGAUUAUACGGUGCUGUAAAACGCUGUGAAAAAGGACUCAUGUUAAAUGUAGAUGUGUCCACAAAAGUAUUUUAUAAAAUCGACAUUUGGUUAAUUGAUUUCUAUUUGGAUGUCUUAAAUGAAUUUGUGGGACGAAGAAGACCAUACGACAUCGAUACAAUAAGUGAAACGUUUGCACUUUCUGCCAAUCAAAGACAGCAGUUGAGAGAUGCAAUGAAAGGUUUAACGCUGAAACUGACGUAUGAUAACAGACAUAUCAAGUUUAUUGAUGUUGGGUUACCUGCACGAACACAAAGAUUUCGAAUGAAGCGGAGUGAAGAUUUUGUAGAGGAAUUGACUGUCGAAGAAUAUUUCAAUCGCUAUAAAAAUAUACGUUUGAAAUUUCCCAACCUUCCGGUAUUACACUGUGGCACACUUAAAAGGCAAGACUACUUUCCGAUGGAGCUAUUGCGAUUAUCUGACAAAGUGCAACGUGUGAAAAGACGUUUGACACCAUUUCAAAUCGCAAAACUGAUCAGAGGUACGGCAUUGAGUCCUUUGGAGAGAUUCAAAAAAAUUGAUUGGUUUCUAAAGGAAAUGAGGAUAUCUACCGAUGAUGAGUUCAUUCGGCAGUUCGGAGUCGUUUUCUCAUCAGAUAGUAGCGGAGUUCCUGAAUCGGUGCGGAUCCUUGGUCGAAUUUUGCCUUCACCUGCAAUCAAGUUUAAGACAAUUGAAUUACCAUCGAUGAAUGGUUCUUGGCAUUUAAAAGGCGAUUUUUUUCAAACUGCUAGCAAUGUGCAUUUCGCAGUUGUAUUUGUUGAUCAGGCAAUUAAUAUGCGAAAUUUUCGGGAACCAUUCAAUACUUUAAUCGGUGCAUGCAAACUCUUCGGUAUGAAAUUUGUGAGGGAAAAUUUUGGAGCUGAUACUGUUGAAGUAUAUAAAUGGGAUACGCGUAGGGAAGAAGCUGACAUUUAUGUACGUAGUUUCAAAAAAGUGUGUGAUGAAAUAAGGGAAGAAGCACUCAAGCCGCUGAUGAUCUUUAUUACUCCGGAAAAGAAUGAUGACAUAUAUGGGCGAAUAAAAGUGACAUGUGAUAAGGAAGAAGGUGUAGCGUGUCAAGUAAUUCUUGUCGAAACAUUUCUCAAAAUGCUUGGAAACCCAGAGCGUAAUGCUGUGUCUCACAAUAUUUGUUUGAAAAUAAACGUUAAAUUGGAUGGCAUUAACAACGAAGUGGCGAGAAAUGAGAACUACUGGAAAAAAUUUACUGAUAAAGAAUCUCCAACUCUGUUCAUGGGUAUCGACGUCACGCAUCCGCCUUCAGGUGAUACGUCUGCACCGUCAAUUGCUUCUAUUAUUGGAUCAUUAAAUAUUAGUGCGACAAAAUAUGCAGCAUCUUUGAAAAUUCAACAACCAGGAGUGGAAGUAAUGACGUAUGCUGUGGAUGCUUUCCGAACAUGUAUUAUUAAGUUUGGGGAACAAGCAGGUUGCAAACCGCAGCAUAUAGUACUAUUUCGUGAUGGUGUUUCGGAUUCUCAGUUCUUAGAUGUCAUGAACGAUGAGUUAUUAUGUUUGAAAACAGCAAUUUAUCAACUCGAUCGAUGUUAUUGUCCAACAGUUUCUUAUGUUGUAGUACAAAAAAGGCAUCAUACUCGUUUUACUGAACCAACGUUGGGAAGAGACAAAGGAAAUAUACCACCAGGAACAGUCGUUGAUAGCACGAUAACGAAUCCAUUGCGGUUUGACUUCUACCUUUGCUCACAUCGUGGUGCUAUUGUAUUUCAGGGAACAUCAAGGCCAUCUCACUACACUGUUCUCUAUGAUUCAUGGCUUUUAUCUGCAGAUGAGUGGCAACAAAUGAUUUAUGCUUUAUGUCACAUAUAUGCCCGAUGCAACAAAUCAGUUUCAAUACCAGCCCCUGUUUAUUAUGCCCACUUAGCUUGCGAUCGGGCCAGGCGUCUUUUGAAAUAUACGUAA